AUGACGUCAUGUGAGAUGCCCGCAAUUCUUCUUGGUUGGCAUCAAGAUUGGUUUUCAUUCCUUUUUAUCCGUAAUACCUUUUCUAUUCGUUUAAUAAUAUCAAAUAUAUUUCUUUCUUUCUUUCUUUCUUUCUUUCUUUCUUUCUUUCUUUCUUUCUUUCUUUCUUUUCAUUAUAAUAAUCAUUCUUCUUCUGUAUCACUUGAAUGUCUUUCUUUCUUUCUUUCUUUCUUUCUUUCUUUUCAUUAUAAUAAUCAUUCUAUCCAAAAGUCUUUGGUAAUUCAUGCUAACCUUCAUAUGUUAUACUCUUCUGUAUCACUUGAAUAUCUUUCUUUCUUUCUUUCUUUCUUUCUUUCUUUCUUUCUUUUCAUUAUAAUAAUCAUUCUAUCCAAAACUUUCUUUCUUAGCUUUCUUUCUUUUCUUUCUUUCAUUAUUAAUAAUUAUUCUGUCCAAAAUCAAUUCAUGCUAACCUUCAUAUGUUAUAGUCUUCUGUAUCAAAUAUCUUUUUUUCUUUCUUUCUUUCUUUCUUUUCAUUAUAAUAAUCAUUCUUCUUCUGUAUCACUUGAAUAUCUUUUUUUUUUUCUUUCUUUUCUUUCUUUCUUUCUUUCUUUCUUUUUUUCUUUUCAUUAUAAUAAUCAUUCUGUCCAAAAAUCUUCUGUAUCACUUGAAUAUCUUUCUUUCUUUCUUUUUUCUUUCUUUCAUUAUAAUAAUCAUUCUAUCCAAAAUCUUCUGUAUCACUUGAAUAUCUUUCUUUCUUUCUUUCUUUCUUUCUUUCUUUUUUUCUUCUUUCUUUCUUUUCAUUAUAAUAAUCAUUCUAUCCAAAAUCUUUUUGAAUAUCUUUCUUUCUUUCUUUCUUUCUUUUCUUUCUUCUUUCUUUCUUUUCAUUAUAAUAAUCAUUCUGUCCAAAAGUCUCUGGUAAUUCAUGCUAAAAUAGUCUUCUUAUCACUAAUUCAUUUCUUUCUUUCUUUCUUUUCUUUCUUUCUUUCAUUUGUUAUAAUAAUCAUUCUGUCCAAAUCUUCUGUAUCACUUGAAUAUCUUUCUUUCUUUUUCUUUCUUUCUUUCUUUUCUUUCUUUUCUUUUCUUUUCAUUAUAAUAAUCAUUCUAUCCAAAAAUCUUCUGUAUCACUUGAAUAUCUUUCUUUUUUUCUUUCUUUUCUUUCUUUUUCUUUCUUUCUUUCUUUCUUUUUUUCUUUUCAUUAUAAUAAUCAUUCUGUCCAAAAGUAUUGUUUUUCUUUUCUUUCUUUCUUUCUUUCUUUCUUUCUUUUCUUUCUUUUCAACCUUCAUAAAAGUGGUAAUUCAUGCUAACUUCAUAUGUUAUAGUCUACUGUAUCACUUGAAUAUCUUUCUUUCUUUUCUUUCUUUCUUUCUUUCUUUCUUUCUUUUCAUUAUAAUAAUCAUUCUUCUUCUGUAUCACUUGAAUAUCUUUUUCUUUCUUUCUUUCUUUUCUUUCUUUCUUUCUUUCUUUCUUUCUUUUCAUUAUAAUAAUCAUUCUGUCCAAAAUCAUCACUUGAAUAUCUUUCUUUCUUUCUUUCUUUCUUUUCUUUCUUUUCUAAGCUUUCUUUCUAAGCUUUCUUUCUUUUCUUUCUUUUCAUUAUAA